GCUCAGGAAACAGGGAGACUAUGAGAAAACGCAGCCGCUCCAUUCAGCCACAUGGUUCUCCAACCGCACAGACAAGCUGCGCUGCAGACAGCCAGGUUCACAUAAGAGACUUGCGCCGCUGCUGUCCACAGCGACGUGUUUUCAGCCUUGCCGGGCGAGUUUUCAGCCGCACAGGCAGUUGAAAGUUGGUGUAAACUAACUAGAGUCGGGAUUUCAUCUCGUUUUCCUGCGUCUUUUUUUUUAAGAGACACUGAAAACGCUCUGGAAAAGUUAAGUGGCCAGGCGUCUCCAAAACGGACUGAACUGAAAAGAGCGAAGAGACUUGGAUAACUUUUUGAAAACCUGUAUCCAUCAGUGGUCAGCCUCUUCAGAAUACAUCUGAAAUUUUAAAAAGUGAGGACUUAACCUUUUUUUUGUGUGUGAUAGUACACGUUUUACGCGCUUGAACUUUGUCAAAAUCACAGCACUGACAAAGAGAGGCAGACUGUUUCCAGACAACUGAGAGGAUGGUGCAGCACAUGAGCCACACAGAGAGUGCCCACGCUCUCUCCCCCGGCGGGGACUCCACGGAUUCGGGAGAGAUGGAUCUGGAGAUGGACGCGUCUCCGACCCCCGAGUCCCCCUCCUCCGGGGAGCGGAGCGACGUGGCGUGGUGCAAAACCCCAACGGGGCACAUCAAGAGACCCAUGAACGCUUUUAUGGUCUGGUCACAGAUCGAAAGGAGGAAGAUCAUGGAGCAGUCUCCGGACAUGCACAACGCAGAGAUCUCCAAGCGGCUGGGCAAGCGCUGGAAGCUGCUGAAAGACACGGACAAGAUCCCCUUCAUUCGCGAGGCGGAGCGGCUCAGACUCAAACACAUGGCCGACUACCCAGACUACAAGUACCGGCCCAGAAAGAAGGCCAAGUCGGUGAGCGGAGGGAGCAAGCAGGCUGACCGCGGGGAGAAGAGCGGGGAGCGCAGCGCCAAGCCCGGGGUGAAAAGAAGCCCCGGAGCGAAGGGGGUGAGCAGGACGCACAAACAGGGUGGCAACAAGGCAGGCGCACCGGGGCAGGAUUAUGCGUCUCCCGGCGACCACCAUGCGCUCUUCAAAUCCAGGUCAGUGUCCGGGGCCAGGCAGAUACCGGAGAAGCGCACCGGAGAGGCGAGGCGCGGCCACAUGUUCGGCGGAGCAGGUAGCCUGGAGAGCGGGCCACCCUCCGUCGGAGUGCCGGCCAGUCCCACCCUCAGCAGCUCGGCGGAGUCCAGCGACCCGCUCAGCCUGUACGAAGAGCACAGCCCGGCGGCCAGCGAGUCAUCACCGGGCGGCCAUACCGCGCGCCUGCGGUACGCGCGUGCGUCCUCUCCUACACCGUCAGCUUCACACUCUUCCUCCUCCGUGUCAUCCUCCUCAUCAGACGAGGAGUUCGAGGACGAGAGGCUCGAACUGAACCCGAGUCCCGGGUUUGAGAGCAUGUCCCUGGGCGGCAUGGGCUUCUCCGACACGGAGCUAGACCGGGACUUGGACUGGAGCUUCGGAGAGUGCGGAGCGGGAUCUCACUUCGACUUCCCCGACUACUGCACCCCGGAGGUCAGCGAGAUGAUCUCAGGAGACUGGCUGGAGUCCACCAUCUCCAACCUGGUGUUCACCUACUGAAGGAAACACGGUGGAGAGGAACCACGGCGUCCCCCCACGUUUAGAAACAGUACAACCCCCCCGACAGGCAAGUGCGUCCAGACCAGAAUAUUUCCGCCAUUCUUUCAGUAAAUGAGGGAGAGUGAGACCAGGAAAGAAAAAGGUGGCCUGUGUGCGCGUUGAUGCCCGGGCACGCGCAAGUUACCGCUCACAGACUUGGACUGCGCUCAGUGCGUUUGCCGGGAGCGCGCAGACGGGGGAAAUGCUUAGUUUGCAUUUGAACACAGAGGAGGAGUGAAUGUAAGCGGAGAGCAGUGAAACACACGGACUUGAACUGAAAUAUUCAAUCCAAUCCGCAGUGGAUGAGGACUGAGACUGAACAUUGAAUAUUUAUGUUAUUUUGAGUAGGCAAAAGGGACACUUAUUGGAGAGCUCGUCAUGUUGGGUUAUAUAGCAAAUUCACAUUGACCAUCAAGUUGAUAUUCAGGUGUAGUUUCUUUUUCCAGACUCGAGAUAAUUUCAAUAUUCAACACGCAUGCCCUCCCCUUGAGGAGGAUUUUGUUGUUGUUGUAUGCGUAAAGUGUUCAUUGCUGCGUAAUUACGCAAUGUGUGUGACCAUAGGACACAGUUCACUUAUCACCAGCUUCUCUUUCAACGGCAGGACUUUAAAAAAAAACGACUGACUCAAAACUUCAGAAACCCUUUCUGAACCUUUUAACACUCAGUGCACAAUUCAGGACCAAUGCUCCCCAACGCGCAUCCUUUCUGCCCAGUGCUUCAACUUUGUAGUUCCUCUGUGUCAGAUGACGUUUUUUUAUAUUGAUGUAUUUAUACCGGCCAAACUUUUUUAUACUUAGAAGUAUUGUUCUCGUACAGGUCUCGUUUGUGUGUGUGCACAUACACCUGUCUGUAUCCAGCGCGGAAGGGCUAGAAGUGUAUCUUAUUUAAAAUGUCGACUUCUCUCACUUUUAAGGAGAUUUGAGUGUGUCAUGAUUUUCUACUUGUAUUUUUGUACAAAAUCUAUAGAAGGGGGUUUUCCGGCGAGUGGGUAGCCUACAACAUUGUUGUUUGGAUCUACAUUGGUGUUUAGAACUGCAGAGGGGGGUUUGUUUGGCACAAUCUGACCUCACACAGUGUUUACAGUAUUUACCCACAUGCUUCUUAAUGGCACAGUGACUCCAGUUUCACCAGCCAAGUAAACAAAGCGCCACUGAGGCUCCCAGUCUGAGUGGUGACUGUGUUGCUCCAGUACACAUAGACCUAAAAUAUGAGUGAAAGAUCCCAGAGAGUCACUGUUUGGAUAGAGCUAAUACCUCUGUGUGCUUUUUAUCAAGAUAAGUUUUAUUUGAACCACUGGAUGGAAUUUCACACUCAUUCCACUUUGCCUAGACUUGGAGGGAGGGAGAUGUAUGAAGUGCUUCAUCUGUUAUUGCGCAAAUUGCAUCAAAAAUAGUAUUUAACCUUUCUGUACCUGUUGGCUAAGUAUAGCAGGCUAAUUGUUUUCCUAUAUUAUGGCAUGGCAAAUAGCAUUUGUAUUUCAGAUUCAGGUAUAUGUAGCUAUAGCUGUUGUGUUUAAGAUUUUUAAAAGAAUAAUAACAUGAAGAUAUUUAUGUAUACUGACUGUACUAUAAGCAAAGAUUGUGUGUUUUAUGUAUGAUUAUGAUCAACGACAGGCACUAGGGCGGCCAUCUUUGAACAUCCUUAUGUUGAAGGUGAUUGUGGUCCAGGAGUUUUUUUUUUUUUUUUUUUCCAAAUCUUCAGACAUCUUUUUUUUUAUUUGUCUUUUUCUUUUUUUCAUUUGUGCAAUAUGCUGUGUAUGAUCAUGUUUUGUCCAAUCAUGCCAAUAUCAUUUGAUGUU